GAAGGAAGUGCUUGUGGGAGCAGCUGGUACAGAGAGGAGCUUGGCUGACAAAGAUGAUUCAGGCGAUUCUGGUUUUCAACAACCACGGGAAGCCGCGGCUGGUCCGCUUCUACCAGCGUUUCCCAGAAGAAAUCCAACAGCAGAUCGUUCGAGAGACUUUCCAUCUAGUCCUCAAGCGAGAUGACAACAUCUGUAAUUUCUUGGAGGGAGGAAGUUUGAUUGGUGGCUCUGACUACAAACUGAUUUACCGGCACUAUGCUACUCUAUACUUUGUAUUUUGUGUGGAUUCAUCAGAGAGUGAACUUGGGAUCUUGGACCUCAUCCAGGUUUUUGUGGAGACUCUGGAUAAGUGUUUUGAAAAUGUUUGUGAAUUGGAUUUGAUCUUCCAUAUGGAUAAGGUCCAUUACAUCCUCCAAGAGGUGGUGAUGGGCGGGAUGGUGCUAGAAACCAACAUGAAUGAGAUCGUAGCCCAGAUGGAAGCUCAGAGCCGACUAGAGAAGUCAGAGGGCGGCCUUUCCGCAGCCCCCGCGCGGGCUGUGUCUGCGGUGAAAAACAUCAAUCUUCCUGAGAUCCCAAGGAACAUCAACAUCGGUGACCUGAACAUCAAAGUCCCCAACCUGUCCCAAUUUGUCUGAGGCAAGGCUUGGGCUAAACUGGAAUCCUUUGGGAUGAGCAAAGCCAGGCAAGCUGGAAUCAGAACUCAUUGGUACCUUAGAAGAGUCAAGCCAUGGCCGGUACUUGUGUGUGGGAGGCGUGGGCCCUCUGACAGCAGGGCCUCUGCACCACACCACCUGCACCGUGGAUCGCCGCCUCCCUCAGGACUCCUCCUCCUCCUCCUCCUCCUCAGCAUCCAGGCUCCUGAGGGCCAAGGGGAGGAGCCAGCCCUUAGGUGGAUGUAAUAGGGCAAGAGUGGGAUUCAUGAGGCCCACAGUCACCUGCUGUGGUCAGAAUCCUUUUGUAUACCCAAGCUUUUUGGUUGCCACUUUCUGUGGAGAAUAUUUUCCCCUUCCCCACAGGCCCAGUUCUGUUCGCUCCAUGUGUGAAGGAAGUAUCCACAGCGUAAGCCUGGUGCAUACCACCACACAGUCACCAUGCUGGGGAGGUCCUUAAGGGGAGAGAGGGACCCUGUGCCUGUAGGGUUUAAAAAUACAUUCUCGGGGGCCAGGGAGAUAGCUCAGUAGAAUAAGCACUUGCCU